AAUUAAUAAGCGCGAAAUUUUGUAAAAAAUUCUGUACAAUUUUGUAAAAAUUUUGAAAUUUGCCAAUUUCAUGUGUAUUCGAUGUAUCGUCAACCGUUUGUUUAUCUCGCACAAAUUUGUCGUAAGUUACACGAGUUUUCUCGAUGUUUUUACAUAUUUUGUCACAUUUUACAAAAUUGAGAAAAAUGUUAUAAAUUGUAUCUGAUCUCGCGCAUUUUGUUGUAUUCAAAGAAGCAAUAUAUAUUUAAAUUAAUUAGCCAUGACUAUACCAUCAAGAUUGUUCCUGAAUUUGAUGCAACAAUACAAAUGUCAACCUUCUUUCUUACAUCGCGGAUUUUCAAAACCUUCACUGAUCAAUGAUCAAAAGAUCCAAAAGACUAAAGAAAAAAAUGCGAAAGGGACAACGAAACGGGAGAAAAAUCAAGAUAAGAAUAUGCAAAAAGAUGGCAAGACUGACAUAAAAGUAUGCAUUAUCGGUGGAGGAGUGACACCUCUUUACACCGCGAUUCUUCUGAAACAAUAUCGGAUUAUCAAAAGUAUAAAUUUAGUGGACACAAAAGACUCCAUGUCAGAAGCUAUGAUGGACACGUGUCAUGCGGAAACCAAUCCUUGUAUAAAUCAUUUUCGGAAGAAGGAUAUAAAACAGGCCCUCAAGGAAGCAAACAUCGUCGCGCUAAUGGAUGAGACGGACGUCGCCGCGAUGGACAGUAUGACGCCACAAGCGCAAUUCAAAUCAGCAGCUGAUUAUGUACGUCGAAUGACGGAUCAGAUACUUCGCUUCUGCCCGGAUGCUCUCGUGGCCGUGUUUGCGCGUCCCGUCACUGCCACGCUCGCGAUGGUCUCGGAGAUCUUUCGGUGUUCAGGCUGGUGGAAUCCCGAUCGGAUUGUCGGCUCUACCGCGACGCAUGGCGCACAAAUCGAGAGAAUGGCUAGGGUGCUUUUGAAUUUGGAGGAUGCAGGUCUCUCGGUGCCGUUGGCCGGUGGCGCCGAUGUGCGCACUAUCGUCCCACUCUUUUCGCGCGCCAUUCCGUUCAACCAAUUCACGAACGCGCAACGUAAAAUUCUAUUGCAAACCUUUCGAGUCGGCGAUGAAGCCACGAAAUCGCUCAACGAGGGUCCGUCACUAUCAUUUGGAACGGCCGCUGCAAAGCUGAUAACCACCCUCGGCAAUGGUUUGUGUGGAUUUGACCAUGUUACCACUUGCGCUUAUGUACGAUCAAACGUACUGCCGGUCUGCCGAUUUUUUACUAGCGAGCUGCAGUUAGGCCCGGAGGGCAUCGAGCGAAAUUUGGGUUUACCGAAAAUUACACCUAUGGAAAUACUUUUAAUUGAACAGGUGAUACCUCAUAUCAAUGAGUACAUCGAUAUGGCAAUUGCAGCAGUUCGCACAGAAAGAAUGCGAGUGAAGACGCGAUAAUUAUCAAUUUGAGAAAUUUUAGUAGAAUUAAUAAGAAUGACGCGCAAAUACACACUGAAUGUUUCGAGUAGCUUAUGAUAUAUCUUUAUCAUUUUAGAUAUACUCUUUUUUUAUGAUUAAGAUUAUGACAAAAAUUUGUAAAAUAAUAAAUAAAAUAGCAUGUACAAAUGUUUGUUGAAAAGUGAGCUAAUAUGAAUAGGAAAAAACUCUUUAGUAUAAAGUUCGACUUUGUCUAUGUGUAGCAAUUGAAGUCAAUUUUCUAUGUACUUGUUUCAAUAUUUGAUUGGAAAUGUAUUUAAAUGUGAAUUCACGCUACGAUACUACAUUAUAGCACAUAGAAAAAUUUGGGCGAUAGAUUUUUGUAAUAAAUGAUUAGAUUUAAUAAUAAAA